ACUGCGAUCAUUCAGCGGUAGAUCUGCGUGUCUCCGGUUCCGGGCUACAGUUCCGAGCCCAUCAGGAUCAUACCAAACCCCCAACACAAAUCCACAGUCGUGUGAGAGCUGAUAAAGGUGGUGGUUUACCGGAGCCUGGUCCGGAACAGCGCAUGUUCGGGUCCAGGAAGCGAUGAGGAGUGAAAUGACCAUCAUGGUCAUCUAACGACCCAAAGAGCACCAGAACCACACAAAGAAACAGCAUUAUUUCUGGUUAUAUACAGAGAUACGGACCGACCCGGUUCUGUUGGAGGGUGGUAUUAGCUUUAGCUUUAGCAUGACUGCAGGGAUGCGCUGAUUCGGAUCCAUUUCAUCCUCAUUUCACAGGCUAGCGGAUGUCACGGCCGUCUUCAUGGAUUUUUCUCAGAUGACACAUCUGUUCAUUGCACAGGCACCUGGGGCAUGGUGACUGCUGUCCAUCAGCCAGAGCAGCGGCGUCUAGCGAGAGCCGUCUGGUCCUGAAGGAAGACGUAUAGGUGACGACACGGACAGGAGGACGAAUCCAGGACAGAGAGCGAGAGAGACAUGGGGCAGUGUGUGACUAAAUGUAAAAACCCCACGUCCUCUCUAGGCAGCAAAAGUGGAGAAAAGGAUUCUGGUAAAUCUCACGGAAAGAAGGGUGGUAGCGGUACGGGGGCCGUGCACAAGGAGGAUGUAUCCGCCAAGUCCUCCGCCGACAUCAUAUUCAACGGCACCAAAGUGUCAGAGGUCACCGUGGAUGGCAGCAUGGCUCCACCUACAUCGGUGGGUGACGUGCUGCGGGAGCUGCCCGCACUGGACGGGGAAGGCAUGUCGCUCGCACGGAUUGAGGAGAUGUUCUUGCGUUAUAAGGACGAAUAUGAAGAUGCCAUCUUGGAGGAGGGAAUGGAACAGUUUUGCGAUGAUCUGUGUGUCGAUCCGGCCGAGUUUAAAGUGCUGGUGCUGGCAUGGAAGUUCCAGGCUGCUACAAUGUGCAAGUUUACAAGGAGGGAGUUUGUCGACGGCUGUAGGGCAAUCCAGGCCGACAGUAUACCGGGGAUCUGCUCGCGUUUCUCUGUGCUGCUAGAGGAGUCUCGUGGAGAAGAGAGCUUCAAAGAUCUGUACCGCUUCACGUUUCAGUUCGGUCUGGACGCCGAGCAGGGCCAGCGCUCGCUGCAGCGGGCCAUCGCCAUCGCGCUGUGGCGGCUCGUCUUCACACUGGACACGCCCCCAGUGCUGGAGCACUGGCUGGACUUCCUGUCGGAGAAUCCGUGCGCCGUGCGCGGCAUCUCUCGCGACACCUGGAACAUGUUUCUGAACUUCACGCAGAGCGUCGGCCAGGACCUCAGCAACUACAGCGAAGACGAGGCCUGGCCCAGCCUGUUCGACUCAUUCGUGGACUGGGAAAUGGAGAGGCGCAGGAGAGAACGAGUGGAUGACACAGAGACAGAGUCCACCACGGACUGUGUGGGUGCCUCGAUGUGGGCGACAACUUGAGGGUUUUUGUUUUUUGGGAUGGCCGGUGAAUUCAGGACUAUGACUUGCGUAGAUGUUUCUGAGCCCGUCACUCUCCAUCCAAAUUUGUGAAUUAUUAUUAUUAUUAUUAUAAUUACAUUUUUGGUCUUAUUGCAUUGGGCAUCCCAGUGCGUGCUCUGAUUUUGUUUAAAUGAAAGGGCUCCAAACGAAUAGUUUUUUUAAAGCACUUUUAUUUAAGUUAUUGUUUUAUUUUUCGCUAUUGGUAAUUUAAAGGGAUAGUCCACUCAAAGAUGAAAAUUCUGUCAUCAUUUACUCGCUCUUAUGUCAUUCCUCAAUACUUGAAUUUCUUACGUUAAUCGUUAUUCACUGAUAAUCUUCCUCUCCGGUGGGAGAUUCAGUCAGAUAUGUGAACAAAUAAUUUUGUGAUCUGCUGAUUCAUUUAAAGGAUCUGACUCAAAAGAACCAUUCGUGCAAAUUGGGCAUAACUACUACUUUAAUGAACUCUAAAAUGCCAGAUUUUCACUGAAUAAUGACCGUUUCUGGUCCGUUUCUCACAUAAAGCUAUCGUACAGCUUCAGAACACUUGAAAGAUGGCGCACGAGUCGUGUGGACCACUUUUUGGAUACUUUUAUAGAGCUUUUGUGGCUUUAUUCACUUUCAUAAUAAUGAACGCAGUGACUAGGAUAUCCUUAAAAAAGGAGAGUUGGGUUUAGAAUGACGUGAAGAUGAGUAAAUGAUGACAGCGUUUUCACUUUUGGGGCGAACUAUUCCUUUCAUUUGUUUUAAUGUUCACAUUUCUUAGGUUCUCCCGAUUGCCUCGUGAAAAUUUUGGCAAUGACCAACACGCCAAAGAAAAGGGAAUUCCGUCAGCUGCCUACCGAGCUUCAAUACACACACAUUCAUCCACAUAUGCAACCCCUUUCCACACACACACACACAUAGAUACCAGCAUAAACACUGUAGGGGACUUUAUCAGCUUUAGUUGUGUUUUAACAGUUAUGUUUAGUUUUCAUUUGGUUCUGGGGUGUGUGUUGGUGAUAUUGGUUACAUUUAACAUCAGAUUUUGGUGAUGUACUGACGCCAGAAAAAAACCAAUAUCUCACGUGCUUCCCGGCCCAUUUCUGUCUAUUUAUUUCUUUACAAUUCAUGUUUCUCUAAUGCAUUGAUUCUGUGAGGGUGUGUGUGCGCGUGCGAGAGAGUGCGCGUGAGUGUGCGCGAUUAUGUGUGUGCGCGUGCGAGAGUGUGCGCGAUUAUGUGUGUGCGCGUGCGAGAGUAGUGUGCGCGAUUAUGUGUGUGCGCGUGCGAGAGUGUGCGCGAUUAUGUGUGUGCGCGUGCGAGAGAGUGCGCGAUUAUGUGUGUGCGCGUGCGAGAGAGUGCGCGAUUAUUUGUAAGGGAAAUGCUGAUUUAUUUGCGUUUGGAGGACUGCUGUGAGCUUUUAUCUUUAUUUUAUUUUGCAGUUUACAUUUUUUUUGAAUGAUUUUAUUUCUGUCUUUUUGUGUCUGGUUUUAUCAAAAAAUGAAGCCGUUUAUAAUGAAUAAAAAUGUGUUAAA